AGAGAGAGAUUCUGUGCGAAAAGAGUAAUACGUUAUGAUCAAUACCCACCUGCCCACCUUGCCUUUGAGCAUGAUUUCUACUUAAACUUCAACAGCUGGACACUUCCAGCGUAUGGCACGACCGGGCGAAUCCAUUCCUCACAUCAGACACCACCAGUCGCAGUCGCAAUGCCACUUAGCCGCAACGACCAACAUGUGCUAUCAGCACUAUUCGAUGCUGAGGGAAUACCGUCAAGAACUGCCCCAUUCACAGAAGAACCCCACUGGGCCCUUCCAGGCAUUCCACCAACCAUUCUCCAGCACCUGCAAGAGCUCGAGGUAAAAGCCAUCAGGCCACUCAACUCGCCCUCGCCAUCACACCAAGAAAUCGACGCAGCAGUCACCGAAUUAACGCAUAUCCUCGAGCAGUAUCCCACAUAUGCACCCGCCUGGAACAAUCGCGCCCAGGCGGUACGUAUGCUGGUGGGGGAAACCCUCCACGAACCGGCUGUGGCUGCUAGCACACUGUACUCCGACCUGUGCGAGGCUCUGCGACUAGCCGCGCCGACGCAAUUAAAUCCAAGUGUCUCGCCGCUCCAGAGAAAGUGCCUGGCAUCCGCGUAUACGCACCGGGCGCAUCUGCUGCUCAAGGCGUCGAAGUCAGUGGCAGAAGAUCCUUCCCGAAGUAAGAUGCUGCCAAGGGAGCUCCAAGGAAUCAAUAGCGCAGGACUGGAGAAGAUGGCGGCCGCCGACUUCAGAGAGGGAGGGAAGUAUGGGAAUGAGAUUGCGAAGCAUAUGGCAGUGCAGCUGAAUCCGUAUGCCAAGCUCUGUGGGGAGGUUGUGAGAGAGGCCAUGAUUGAACAUAUGAGGGAGAAUGGAUUCGUUCCGAAUGUCGCGCCUAGGUUCGUAGGAGACUGAUGCCAAACCGCUGUACUUCUCGCAAAGCCUCAUAGGAC